CCCCACUUUGAAAUGUUGUUUGGUGUUGAAGAAAUGAGCCUGCCGCCUUUAGAAGUUUCUAGAGCUCUCUAACCAUUAAAGAGUCCGUUAACAGAUGGCGGUUUGAGCAGAUUAACGUAUGAUUAGAGUCUGUGUCUAGCGUUUUUAAGUUACAAUGUUAAACCGAGACGUUAUCUCGUGCUGUUAGUGAAUGGCUGUAGCUAGCUGUCAGUAGCUAACAGUGAUGUCCUCGUCGUGGACAGAGCGCCAGGGACAGGUGGGAGACCUGAGAAACCAGAGCAAAGAGGAACUCCAAGAACUGCUCCUGCGACAGGAGAAGAUACUCUCUAACAACCGGUUAGUACAGACUCUUCCUGACAAGGGGAAAAAAAUAAGAGAAUUUGUGGAGAAAGUGCGCCUUGCCAUUGAACACCAUGAUGAAGAGCAGAGGAGACAGAGCUUGGUUUCUGCUGCCAGGACAGAGUUACAUUCCAAGUACCAGCAGGCUUUCACGAUGCAACAACAUGCUGCACUCAGCACACCAGCAGCCUCACACCAGAACAGGCAGCGUGAGGCUGCUGCAGGCGAUGCGAUGCAAGAGAAGGAGACCUCACCUGCCUCAGCCAACGUGAAGGAAAACAACGAGCAACAGGACCAGUUCGUCUCCACAGCAGCUGCUGAUGAAACCAUGGAGACGGCUGCUGCCGGGGCCUCUCUGAACUAUGAUCAGAGAAAAGAGGGUGACCUUGUGGAGGCCUUGGAAAGGGUCAGACUGUCUGAAACUAGUACUGGUUUCAGUAGCGGGUCCAAAGACCCAUUAAACAGCACAGCAAGAGACAAUUACUUUCUCAGAAAGCAGAUGCCCAAAAAGACUCACUAUGUAACUGUCCUGGAAAAAACAGAGAAGACUUCAGCUCCCAGGAAGCAAAAAUUCAAACCAAAUCAACUGCCCCACAAAAGUGACACCUCUCCCUCAGGUUCCUCCUCCCCAAGUCAGUCUUCUGAAGGCUCUUCACCGCUCUCUGCACAGGCCAGGAGGGAGCGGGACAGAAAACACCUGGAUGACAUCACUGCAGCCAAACUCCCUCCUCUUCAUCACAAUCCGGCCCAGCUUCUGUCUCUUGAUGAGUCAGCCGCCCUCCUGAAGGAGCAAACCAAGAAACAGCUCGAGCUGCAGGCCAAGCUGGCAGCCCAGAAACUGUCUGAGGGAUUGAAGAUUUCUAUGGGGAGCUACACUCCUGACGGUGGCCCCAUGGCUGCCUACAGAGAGGUUCACGAUGAAGGAGCCCAACUCUCCUCAGAGGAAGACUGAUCCUGGAAGGCCAGAGCUGGGGAAACCAGUGUGACCUUGGCCCUGAGGGAAACAGGCUUUGGACCUCGCAAUCAGGACCCAUCAAACAGGAUUUUCCCUCCAAGGACAAGAAUUCUUAAGAGAGGCCAAGGGUCUUUGCAUGGUGUGAAGGCAUAGUUGGUAUCCCAGACUCAGCUCAGGAAACUGAAUGGCAGGUUGAGAAUCAAGCUUACUUAUUUGUCAUUCAGUUCGUAUUGGGCUGAGUUGUUUUGGUGUCCUGCGGGAAUAAUAAGACCUGCUGUUGACGAGGAGUUUUAAAUGCUACAUUUUAAGCAUGUAUCACGGUGGAAGUGUUUCUUGUAUACAGAAACUGAUGAUGCUUCGAAGUUUCUGUUUGAGUGUGUUAAUAAUUACAUGCACUUAAAGCUCAUCAGCAGGUGGAGCAGACUGCUUUGGCACUAUUGCAGUUAUAUCUAGAAAACAAAUGAGCCUGCAGAUAGUUGUGCCAGAGUUUACUGUCACAGAAUGUGUAACAGAAUUGAAUAAAUACAUCUGA